UUAAUGCUUCAUAUUUUGACAUAUUCAGUUAGUAAAAUAAAUAGUUUGUGAUUGUCAUAAUUUAAGAUCCUGUGGCCGUUUGUAACAUACCUACCUUCGUGUCGUAUGCCAACGGAGCACCCCUCGGGAGUCAUGCGCCCGGAGGCGGGCGGCGGCAGCAGGUACGAGGGCGGCGCGCCGCGCUGACGAGCUGUAGCGGGCGGCCGCGGGCGCCUCCAUGGCAGGGCGCGAGGGCGUGCGGAGCAGCGCGCGGCUGAGCGGCGGCGGCGCGGCGGCGGCGGCGGCGGCGGUGGGCGAGGAGCAGCGGCGCGCGGCCGCCGCGCUGCGCCGGGCGCGCGCUGCCCGCGCCGCCGAACGCGCGCGUGAAGUGGAGGACAGCCCGCUCGUGCUGCGCGACAAGUGCCGCCGCCUGGCACGCGCGCUGCGCGACGCCAAGCACCUCGUGGUGUACACGGGCGCCGGCAUCAGCACGGCGGCCGACAUCCCCGACUACCGCGGUCCGCACGGCGUGUGGACGCGCCUGCAGCGCGGCGAACAGGUGGGGCGCGUGGAGGUGGCACGCGCGCGGCCCACGUUCACGCACAUGGCGCUGUCGGCGCUGUGGGCGCGCGGCGCGCUCAAGUUCGUGGUGUCGCAGAACUGCGACGGCCUCCACGUGCGCGCCGGCCUGCCGCGCCGCGCGCUCGCCGAGCUGCACGGCGACAUGUUCGCCGAGCGCUGCGCCGCGUGCCGCCGCGUCACGCUGCGCGCCUUCGACACCACCGCGCGCACGGCGCGCCACGCUCACGGCACGCGCCGCCUGUGCCACGCGUGCGGCGCCGAGCUGCAGGACUCCAUCGUGCACUUCGGCGAGCGCGGGCGCGCCGCCUGGCCGCUCAACUGGGCCGGCGCGCUCCGCCACGCCGCCGCCGCCGACGUGGUGCUGUGCCUGGGCUCCAGCCUCAAGGUGCUGCGCCGCUACCCGCGCCUGUGGCGCAUGCAGGGCGCGCGCCACCGCCGCCCCGCGCUCUACAUCGUCAACCUGCAGUGGACGCCCAAGGACGCCGUGGCCGCGCUCAAGAUCAACGCGCGCUGCGACGACGUCAUGGCGCAGGUGGCGCGCCAACUGCGCCUGCGCGUGCCGCGCUACGCGCCGCGCGCCGACCCGCUGCUGGCGCACGCCGAGCCGCUGGCGCCGCCCGAGGCGCACACGGCGCCGCCGCACAGCCCGCCGCCGCCCGCGCCGCCGCUGCCCGACGACUACUACUCGCUGUCCUCGCCCUCCGCCUCCGACUCCGACGACGAGCUGCCGCUGCGCCGCCUGGCCGAGCGCCUGCGCGCGCCCGCCGCGCCGCCCGCGCCCGCGCUGCACGCCUUCCAGGUACGCCCCUCGGAGCGCGGGCCUCGCCCCUCGAGGCGCCGCCCCUCUGACGCUCCGCCCGCGCAGGUGGCCAUGCAGGCGGGCGACACCACGAUCCUGCUGCGCGCGCAGCACGCGCCGCGCAAGGGCGAGGCGCGCGGCUGGCGGCUGGACGCGGCCGAAGCCAGCGCGCUGGCCGCCGCCAUCUUCCAGCGCGCCGUGCUGCUGUGCCGCGCGCGCCUGUACCCCGGCCUGCACACCAUCCUGGCGCCCGAGCCCGAGCGCGCGGCCGAGUGCGCGUGGUGCCUGCGCCGCUACGCCGCGCGCCGCUGCCUGUGGUACGGGCCGCCGCUGCGCACGCCGCCCGAGCGCCGCGCCUGGCGCCGCGAGCGCGGCCGCCGCUACCUGUGCGCGUGCUGCGGCGACGCCGACGAGCCGCCCGAGCCGGAGGGCGGCGGCUGGUACGGCAAGGGCUACCGCAAGGGCCGCCGCAAGCGCCGGUAGCGCGGCGCGGGGGGUCGGUGGAACUUUAUAUUUAUGUGCACUCUUGUGAGUGAGCGGCGUUUUCCUUUUUAGGAAUAAAUAUGCUCGAACUGAACUGAUAAUGAACGAGUGGUCCGGUAAACUCGCGGACGCACUCGCCGAUUCCGAUCUCUCGACGGCCUGCCGUAACAUUGUAUUACGUUACUAUAAUUUGCUCGUCGCAUGAUUACUGACAGACUUCAGAAGGACUCGAUUCCCCAGUUCGAUGUGCUUCAUUUAUCUAAAAAUAACUUCUCGUUUGAUUUUAUAGUAGCUUACAAAUGGUACUUGAAUACCCAGCGGAAGAAGUCACCAUUGCUGCCGCCGUGACCAGCGGCUGGUAUACAUUUCUGCUGUCUUUUGAAAAUUGCACUUCAGGCGUAAUUUUUAUGUUUUGGUAAAUUCUGUGAUUUUACAUUCUUAUGUUAGCAAUAUCCCAAACACUGUACAGAGUAGAGUAACUAGUUGUAAUAACUAAGAGCUGAAGACUGCCGCGUGCCGCAUGACGCUUCUGACGAACAAACAAUUAAGCAAAAUAGAUUAAGUUACAUUUGUAAGUAAAUCAUGAAAUUCAA